AUGGACUCUAUUGCGCUUCCGGCGCCCGUACGUGGAGCGUGCGGCGUGUCGGAGCAAAGCGUUUCAUCGCACCAGCAUGAUGACGGCGCGGCUGCGCCCGGAUUCAUCGAACGCGACCGUCUCGCGCACGACGUCUACCAGUCGGUGCUGCAGACGGGGCGUGGCGACUGGAUUGAGCUGAUGAACUGUGCGCCGCUCGCAAGCCAGUACCAUCUGAGCACCUAUAGCACACUAAAAUUUGGCUAUGGAGGCGCACCCUAUGCCUACUUGCCCAUGUCGCUGCAGCAGCCCCUCGCCACGAACACGAUCCUCGCGCGUCAGCGCGAGAUCGAGGGGAAUGCCUGGAGCUGGAAACUGCAUCAGUCGACCGAAGUGUCGUCGCCGGAGGACGACGCCACCGACACUACCCCGCGUGCGUCGCCGUGCAUGGACGAUGCGGCAGACCUCGAUGGCGUCCUGGGACCCGAAGAAACGCCUGCGCCAUGCCCACUGUCCAUUCCCAAUGAUACCCCGCCUAUGAUGACAAAGGCGUUCCGGGAUGCGAUGCAGAUGGCGUGCAUGGACGGCACGGGCGGCAUGUCGCAGGUGCCGAAUCCGCCGUGCACAAUCAAGACGAGCGACACGCACCCAAUUCAUGUAAGCCCUAUCCUGCCGCCAAGCAUGGUGCCGAUGCUCUCGGAGCACGUCCUAAAACACCUUCCCCGCGAGUAUGCCGAGCUCGCGCAGGUUGCGCCGGGGCGCUCGGACACGCCUUUGCCACGCUCCUCGUGGGGCUACUUGCAGCGGGGCGAGCCGAUUCCCCCGGGCGAGUUUGCGUCGCACCUUGUGCACGCGCUCGGCGAGCCGGAGGAGCACCUCACCGGCCAGGUGCGCGGCGAGCAGCUGAUCCGCCUGCCCCCGACCGUGUCGCUCGACGAGCUUGCACGCACCGUGGAGCCGUGCAAAGAGUCGCCCGAGACGAUGGCGGAGAGCGCGCAGCGCCCCCACCAGAUCGGCAACAUGAUCCUCUCGUCGUGCCCGGGCAAAAAGGUGCGAAUGAAUGCCCCGGUGCGUGGCCGCAGCAGUGUGUGCCGCGACCUGAAAAUGGACCUCGUGCGCUACCGCGCGAUGGGCGUGCGUGCGAUUGUGUGCUGCCUCGACGACGACGAGCUGACGCUCCUCGGCUCGCCGUGCGCCGAGUACAUGGACGAAGUCGCGUCGCAAGGCCUCGACCUCGUGCGGCUGCCGAUUGCCGAGGGCUUUGCGCCGACGGACCUGGUCAAAUUCGACAUUAUGAUUACGGCGCUGAUUUUGACCUAUACGCUGCGCGGCUCCUCGAUCCUUGUCCACUGCCGCGGCGGUGUCGGACGCGCGGGCCUGGUCGCAGCGAUUUGGACACUCAAGAUGGGCUUUGUGAUGCCGUCGGCGGCGCCUGUGCCGCUCGACGUGUCGCUCGCAAGCGCUGCGCGCGAGGCCCAAAACGACUCGGCGAGCGUCCUCCAGACCGUGUUGAAACUGAUCGAGGUGGUCCGCCGCCGGCGCAGCCUGCGCGCCAUUGAAACGGCAGAGCAGGCGCACUUUUUGAUGGAGUAUGUACGAUUUAUCCACCGCCAGGAGCACGCGCGUCGGUGCUUCGAGCGGUGCAGCAUGUGA